CGUGAUUUCUAAGGGAAGAAGGCACCACGCGAAAGGGUGGAGCAAAAAGGCGGCGCGGGGAACAGAGGUGAAAAAUCGGAAGCAAUAAAAGAUUCUCGUGACGGAGGGGCUUCGCACGGCCCUGGCGCGACUGCGGCAUUGUACCCCUGCGGGGGGCUCGCUGCCGAACACACCGAAUCCACCGUCCACCCCGGAACACAAGUCCCAAGGGUGUUCGAGGAAUCGCGAGUCGGCAAUCAGAUGUGGCAGUUUGGGGAGUAGCGCGUGUGAUACAGGGGAUACAUCGCAGUCGCAGCCAUCGCGGGGACAGCAUGGAGCCGACGGCGGCGGCGGCGGCGGCGGCAGGGACAGCGAUCUUCUGUCGUCCGCGAUCCGGCGGUUCAAUUUUAAAUCGGCCGGCGGCAGCCGUAGCUGUCGCACAGUGCCAAAAGUCGUGGUCAUGGGCUCCAGCACGGCAUCCGAGACCACGAUCAACACGAGCACAGAUAGCGCCAACACUAUGCUCACCAUGGUAACGACGACAGACGGGGAACAGCCGGACGACAGCUUCGAUCUGAUCGACGUGCCGGCUGAAAUGUCGCCUCCCACUACUGCUCCGUCGCAAUCAUCCAUCCCUCCCGUUGGUCAUCGGGGACAUUCCGAUGAUACGCUCGGGGGCAACAAUAAUUCGUCGCCGACGUCGCCCACGUCACCGAUCUCUGUCGCGGCGCCGAUCGCGGCGAAUCAAACUACACCGCCAUUGCCGCUUCCAUCGUCGCCCAUGACUCCGCUUUGCGCCUUCGAUGGGACCGAAAUCGCCGGGCCCUCGAACCGUUGUAUGCGCAUGAAACUCGAUUCAGGUCAACAGGAUGGUAACAAUAAGACGACCACCGGUACCUCUAUCAAUCAGGGUCACAACGCGAGCAAUAGCGAGGGUACGGCGACUCUUCCAUCACUCACGUCGAUAGUUCCCACGCACCAUGAAACCAGAUUUACCUUCGGCGGCAGCGGCAGAACCCCGCCUCUUCCAGAUCUCAGAGCCGCGGAUUUCUUUAGCACCCCCGUGAGAGGCUCGGUGGACGCGGGCCAACCCGAUUCGGUCGACACGCGGUCUUCGAUUCGAAAUCUGGUGGCUGCCCAGGAGAAACACAACGCCAGAGUGGGAUAUCAAAGCGAUUAUACGGCCGGUGGAAAAGUCAACUCGAUUCAGGUGAACGCAGCGGAAAAGGGCACGAUCGAGCACAAGCGCAGCCAGAAGAGGCCCAAUAUCAACGUGACGACCAAUCCUCUCGAUAUAUCGCUUAUAAGUGCGACCCAGCCAUGCAAUACCCAGGAUUGUAACGUUCAAAGUAAUGCGAGUACGAAAUCGCGAGGACGAUCAGCUGGCGGAAGUGGCGGCAGCAAGCGAUCAACUCAGGCGACGAUCGUGGUACAACAGCCGUCUUUGUCGUUGGACGCGCCCGCGGCGACGAUUCUGCUACACCCAGACGCCGACGCCAGGCGACGCGAGGAGAACAUGCGGCAGCUGCUGGAUGUUGCCAACACCCUCACCCUGCAAGAGAUACACGACUUUGAGAUGAGAUACGGAAGUCCCCAUCAUAGCCGAUCACAAUCGGUAAAGGCUCCCGGGAGUCGUUCUUCCGGUCGACCAAAUUAUCUGUGUCUUCCGCAACAAAGAUCGCGAGUAGCGAGUAUGCCUAACACCGGGGUGGAGGAGGAAUACUACAGACUACGGCAUUUCAGCAUCACUGGCAAAGGGGUGGUAAACCGGGGCGAUUCCCUAAAGAGCCGCAGAUCACGCUCUAACAAUAGCAUGGCGUCCAGCAACUCUAGCCUUUCUUCUAUUCGACGCAGCACGGAACACCUGACUGCCUCGUAUCCGGGAUCAGCGCGGAAUUCGGCGGCGGGCUCGUUGGCGAGUUCGAGGGAGAGCAGCGCAUCUCAAGGUCCAGCGCCAUACCGCGUCCUUAUGCUGGGCGCCCCCGCCGUCGGCAAGAGCUCCUUGGUGUCUCAAUUUAUGACUUCGGAAUACCUGCACGCCUACGACACUUCGAUCGAUGACGAGUCCGGCGAAAAGACGGUCAGCGUACUCUUGGCUGGUGAGGAGUCAGAAUUGACUUUCAUCGAUCACUCUUGUGCCGAAAUAACGCCGGAAAAUUGUAUCUCGACGUACGAGCCGCACGCAUACUGUGUCGUUUAUUCUACGACCGAUCGGACGUCGGUGCGCGUUGCCGAGGAGGUUCUCCAAUCCUUAUGGCGGAGUGAUCACGUAUCCGCGAGAGCGGUUAUCCUCGUGGGGAACAAAGUCGAUCUCGUUCGCAGUCGACUGGUAUCGACCGAAGAGGGCAAAUCCAUGGCAACGUCUUACGAUUGUAAAUUCAUCGAAACAUCCGUCGGAAUUAAUCACAACGUCGAUGAAUUACUGGUCGGCCUGCUCACGCAAAUUCGCCUGAAGCUGGAGAACCCCGAGAGGACUAGAGAGAUGUUCCGUAAAAGAUCGCGGAAGAACCGUAGCAAAUCGCCGCUGGGUUCGUGCUCGGAGAACAACUCGCCUAAGAAAUAUCGUGGCAGUCGGACCAGCACUAGCCUGAAGGUGCGCAAUUUGCUUGACAAGGUCUGGGCGCGUGACAGCAAGUCAAAGAGUUGUGAGAAUCUACACGUUUUGUAAAAGAGUUCCGAGGACCGUCCGCUUCGGCGUCGCGUCGCGUCGCGUCGCGUCGCGUCGCGUCGGUACCGAUCGUCUAAAUCCCCAGAAUGAUCUGGGAACAGCAAAUUGGACUUCCAUGAAAACGUCUUACGCUUCGGAGCAGUCUUACUUCUUCAAAUACGAGGGUCGGUGAGGCAACUCUCGUAAGAGAAAAGGUCAAGUAUCGACCGCUCCAUACUCAACUUUUCACGGCAGAAGAGAAGGCACGUGCAUAUCGCUUUGUAACGAAGUAGUAGCGACCUUCCCAGCCGUUUUCUCUACGUUGCUCUACGAGCAUUGUUAGCUCUCUGUGGACGAGGUAAUUUUUGAUGAUUUAUGUCUGACGAGGCAUGCGACGUCCGAUUAAUCAAUGCUACAUAAAUCUUUUUAUUUCGCUCUCGCGCGACUUUGGAAAUUUUAACGUUAUAUUCCGACGAUUACGAUUAAACUAGUCCUAGCUUGUGUCCUACUGUUUGCUGAUUUUUCAAUUACCUCCUUUCAAUUAUUUGUGUGUAACUGUGAAAAUUAGAUCUGUCUCAAGUUGUUAGCGUUUUCUCUUCAUUUCUAUCUAUAAAUCAAAUUUUAAGUUUUAAAGAGAUUGAUCAUUGGACUUUUCAUAGCUUCUAUAAAUUCCGUACCGUAAGUGAUAAAAUGUUUUUAAUUCCGAAGUAAGAGUACAAUCUUUGUGAUUACCGUAAAGCGUAAAUAUAGACCAUAGAAGAUUGGCUUGGCGCGUAUCUUACCAAGAGCGUAGGCGUCGUUAACACGAAGAAUAAGUUCGCGCUCGAAGAAGUCGUAAACUAAAACGCCUGUGAAGUAAAGUGAAACGUGACACCCCGAAGGCAGCAAUCAGCGCAGAUUACUACUGGCGAACGUACUCGUUAUCGUAUGUAAGGAGAAAGGGAAUCGCAUCGAUUUUUAUCACGUUCGCCCGCCGACCGUGACGUUUCGUUGUCAUACUUUAACGCGAGGCUUUUUUGAAAAAGCGCUCCGUAAGAUGAAAAGAUCUGCUCCAAAAGGCGCAUAAUUGUAGAGGAGCAUAAAUACACGCGCCUAUACGUUGUAUCGCUCUGUUUGUACCACGGUUUCCAUUGUAGCAAAAUACGCGCGCGAUUAUUAUAUUUGUAUUUAUUAUAUGUAGAUGCUUUGCAUUUCAAUUUUGUACGAAAUGGAACUUUUCAUUGAAUCCAAGCAGGAAUUGACGAUCUUUAACUAUAUUUCAGCGAAUAGGAUGGCUUGUUGACCCCUUUGCGCUCAACAAUUUUGACUAUACAUACACAUACGCGCGCGUUUGUAUAUGUGCGUGUGUAUAUAAAAUCUUGUAUAUAUCCGAUUCCGAGAUAAAUAGCAAUACGAGCAUAUUAAUUGUAGUCUAAUACCGGUUAAAACGGUGAUCCUCGAAUCUUUUUCGUUGAUGAUAUGAUGAUUUACGCGACGCAUUCAACGUUUGGCAAGGAAUUCGGUGUUGUAUGUUGAAUAAAUCAAGUUUACGUAUUAAGCAAAAGACGUAUUAAGAAAAGAAAAAGACAAGAGAAAAGAUAGAAGUUUCAGACUUCAAGUGUGAUUUUAAUUUAUUUUUAGAAAAAUUGAAAUUUUUUUAAACUG